AUGCCUGAUUUCGUUAGUGAGAAUAGUUUGAAUGCUUCUGAGCUAGAAGCACAACUUGCAAAGGCUAAAGAAGCAAAUGAAAAGCAUAUGCUCGAGGAAGAGCCAGAAAGGAAAUCUCUAUAUGAACAAUUAAAGGAAAGUAAAGAACAAAAGCAUCUAGAAUACCAGAAAUUAUUAGAGAGUCAGAACUCAUCAUAUAAAUUAGACGAGAAGUCUGCAAAAUUUUAUGAUGAACUAAAGAAAAACGAACGAGAAAAAGAACAACAGAGUCGUAAAGCAGAGGCUGAAAAGUUGAACAUGUAUAGAAAUUUGAAGAAGACACAACAAAGACCUAUUUCAAAGUCUUCUCCUACAGCUUCUGCUGUUUCAGUCGGGGAAAUACCGUCCAAAUCAUCAAUAAUAAUACGGAAGAGGAAGCUUGAAAAUGCAGACGAAAAAAUUGACCUAGGCAGAAGCAAAGAAUCGACUAAAGCUGUCAACAACCUGGAAAAGUCACCUAUUGGUGAAUCUAAUGACCAUACUACUAAUACAGGUGUAACCCAGAAAGGUAUACGACAAGGUGUAACUAAUGAAAUUGAGACUACAACUAAUAAAUCAAAUACUUUACUGGGGCUCGAGGGCUACUCCUCAAGCGAUGAAGAAUAG